AUGCAUUUCUACACUGAGCAAGAUAGGAUCCAUAUCACACCCACCUUAUCCUACGACGACAACAACCAAAGAGGACUUCGGCUUGCCACGCGCAGAUGGAUAUCUUUGACAUGCAUAGCGAGUUCCAUUAGAGCAGAGCAGGUUUUCCAUGAUCCGAUCCUACCGAACGUCCCUGGCGGUGUGGUCUACGAUGUGUUUCGGAAAUUCCUGGAUUCACGACGACGAUGUUCAAAGAUCAUCACAUGGCGAAGACACCACGUCCUCAGUAGUGCUAAGAAGAAGUCUGGCGGGAAGGGAAGGCUGUGCUCAAAAUUCGCAAUGAGAAGCAUGGGUCACUGCAUUGAGUUGACGAGGAGAUUGAAAGACGGAUGUAGUAAAAGAAGAUCGAUCAUGUAA